AUGCACCUCACAGCAAUCAUCGCACUGCUCAUCCCCCUCUCCAUCGCGGCCCCAACUCCCAAAGACAACAAACUCCUCCCGCAACUAUCAGGCCCCAACUACAAGAGCAGAAUCGGCGUAGACACGGUCGACCCGAGCAAGCUCCGCGUGGACCCCGUGCGUAUCGAUCUGCACACCAGGGAACCGGCAAUGGACCACGACGCCCUCCGGCCCUCGCCUUACUCCGAGGCGGCCUCGGAUCUCAAGAUCGACACGAGGGACGUGAGCGCCAUCGUGGAGCUGGCGGACAAGGCGAGGAACAAGCAAGUCGGGGGGCUGGGGCCCAAGUUCAUCCCGCGGUGGAGAAAGACGUAUGACGCCGGUUACGACUGGUUGAACUCUGCCUGA